AUGUCUGCGCCCGAUGAAGACACGUUUCCCGAGGAAGCAGCCGCGGAGGAGAUGAUGGACGAAGUAGGUAGCGAUGAAGAUGAAGGAGUAGAAAUGGAGGAGGAAGGAGCAGGCGGAGACGGGGAGAAGAAGGUUUACGUCCCCGGGAUCGAGCCGCUUCAGCCCGGAGAGGAGCUGGAGAUGGACCGGUCCGCUUACCGCAUGUACCACGAGUGUCAAACAGGCAAGUAAGAGCACGACAGGUCUUCUUUUUUAAACAAUUUAUUCAUUAACAUUUUUCAUAAACAGUAAACAACUUCCAUAACAUCAGAAGAACUACAAACUUCACCCAAACCCGCUCCCUCCCAGAUCAAACCUCAUAGACUAACUCUUACAUCCCUAAAAAAUAGUUACAGUAAUGGAAUAAUAAUAAAAGAAAAUAUAAAUGUAAAUAAAUAGAAGGAUAAACUAAAUUAUUAAUAAUAAUAACAAUUAUAAUAGUUCAAAUAAUAAAUAAAAAAUAGUUAAAUAAUUAAGUAAAUAAAAUAAAAUAAAUCAUAGCAAAAUGCAUGCAGCAAAGGUCAAGACAUUGACAAUGGAAAAGCACUGCUACUCCUGCAGAUGUGCUACAACUAACAACCCCCACCACCACACCAUUGACAGUACUCAUCUAGUUAUCCGUGAGAAGUUAUUCAGGUAUAUUUUGAAGUUCUUCCAGCAUUUGUGAAAAAGAUGGAUGACAGGUCUUCUGACAUUAUACAAGAGAUGCUGUGAGAAUCCAGCAAUUAACUUUUUUUGUUUGUUUGUUUUUAGGUGCUCCAUGCCUGAGCUUCGAUGUGUUGAGGGAUGGAGACGGAGAAGGUAGGGAGCAGUUCCCUCUCUCCAUGCUGCUGUGUGCAGGCACCCAGGCGGACACAGCAAUGAGUAACAGGUAUAUAUUCACCUCCUUACUGCAAACAGGUUAUAAAAAUGACGUCUGUGCAAAAAGCAUUCAGGAGACUCGAGAUACAGUCCUUACUACAUACACAUAUAUUUUUGAAGGAAAGUAAUAUAACACAAUUAUCAUUUUAGAUAUGAGCCAUGCUAGGUGUGUCAUCUGAUGGAAAGGCAGAAAGAGAUGGGUGUCUAUUUUCUAUUUAUUUAUCAAGCACAGAUUAAAAACAGUGCAAGGAGGGAAUGAAGCCAAUAGGCUUAUACAGAGUUCCACUCCCAUCAGGGCAGUGAAGUAUAGGGGUACAAACAACAAAGUAAUUAGGACAUAGACAGGUUAUAAUUAUACAAUUAGUAGGGAAAGGCCAAAACAUAUACAAAUUGUCAUAAAUACAAUAUAGACUAAUCAUCAACCAGCCCAACCAGGGAUAGAGACAAUAUAAGUAUACAUAAAAAGAAAAGAAAAGAAACAUGAACAUGACAGAUAGUGAUGUGUUUAUGACAUGAUUAGAUGAGAUUUCCAUGUAAGAUGCUUCUCUCAUAGAUGGUUUACUAUCUUCUGCAUAUCCUAAGGUAACAGUCUGAAAGCAGUACUACACUUGGAAAGAAGUGCAAGUUUGUUAUCCACAUCCUCUCUAAAUUCAUACUUUCUCUCAGGCUUAUUGUCAUGCGCAUGCACAACCUUCAUGGAACAGAAAAAGAAAAGGAGGGUGAAGAAAGCAGUGAUGAAGAAAGUGACGAGGAGGAAGAUGAAGAUAAGAAACCACAGAUGGAACUGGCCAUGAUGCCUCACUAUGGAGGGAUUAAUAGAGUCAGAGUAUGUUGUGUAUCAUUUUUCCAAUAUCAGAUAUCUUGUCUUUUAAGCAACAAGCCUUUGUGGAAAAGUUCCAGAACACUGAUUUUCUUUCCAUGUCUCCAGGUGACUCAGCGUGGAAAACAGACACUGGCUGCUGUCUGGUCAGAGAAGGGACAGGUGGAGAUAUUUGACCUCCAACCUCAGCUGGAGGCUGUCAACAGCUCUGCUGCCAUGGCAGCUUUUAUCAGUCAGCAGAAGGAAGCUACAGCUCUCUUCAGUUUCUCAGGACACAUGACUGAAGGCUUUGCGAUUGAUUGGUCACCAACAGUGCCAGGUGAGUCAGGGCUUCAUCUGUAAUGCAAAAAAAAAAACUUAAUGGCUUUGUCUGCAUGACAUACGUGGGUCAUGCACAUCUCACCUGCUUAAGAGCAUAUUAUCUGAUAACAAAUCAGUAUCUUCAUGGGUAAGUAUGAGGGGAGAAAGUUUAAAUAGUAGCAAAGUCUUUCAAAAGUAAUAAUGAAUAUCAGACAUCUUCAGAUUUUUUUUUAUUUGAGCGAUAUUCUUUCGCAUAAUGAUAUCGACCUAAACUUAAAAGCUUUAAACUUUUCUCACUGUAAGCAUAUGAAAGCAGUCCUCUGCUUGAUUCUGCUAAAAGAAUAAGUCUAAAAGUUUGUAAAAGACACAAAUACUUGGGCAACAUAAUAUCUUCAUAGUAAAAGAAGUGAUUGUAGUUUAUUUUUACCCCAAAGAUGUGGCAGUAUCUUUGGAAGAACUUAAGCAAAUGCAUUCACACAGUAAUGACUCUUUUUGACAGCUGUCCGUUAUACAUUAAAUUGCAACUAUUUUACCUAAGUUCUAAAACAAAUGUAAUUUGUCCUGGUCGUGUAAUAGCAAAAUUUCUUUUUGUCGUUCAUCAUGGCUGAAAACGGCGCCUUUCUUACAUUAACAGGCCUAUGGCUGGAUGAGGAAGCCUCAGGUUGACCUACAGAGUUAAUAACAGCUGUCAUGUGACCACUUAGCAUGAUCUUUUAGUCAAGCCAGAGAAUGAAGAGAUGUCCUGGGUAUGUGAAACUCGCUGCAUAGCACAGGCCUCAGGCCAAAUUUGUAAAGUGAAAAUAACCUGAGAAGAACUGUGUGUGCCCGGUGUACAUGUCCGUCACUCUGUCACUGCUGCAUCAGAGAUUUGUGUGUAAAAUUUAAAGCUGUAACAAUCUCAUGCUAUUUAUGACCGAGUAUUAUUUUAUCAAAACAUUGUUGUUUAAAAACCAUUGAGCCUGUUAAUGAAAUGCUCAACAGCCAGAAAUUGUCCUGCUUUUAGUGUCAUUUAACAGCACUUGAGUUCAGAUCUGCCUGAAACACAUACUUCACUUAGUCCAUGGAGUCAUCUUUUAUUUUUUCCAACUGUCCCUGAAACUAUCCCGGGUUUUUCUGCUGGAAAUGCUAGAUACUCAACAAACAAGUAAAAGUAAUGAAUUGUGCUAACUGAGGCGAGAGAAAAAAUUUGGGUGAAUCUAGGGUUGCACGAUUAAUGGAUUUUAAAUCAUUAUCGGAUUAUUUGUGUGGUAUUCAUACGGCUUUGCAGUUUCAAAUGAUGAGUAAACCACUCCCUGCUGCAAAGUCUGUCUGAAGUCAGUAUAAACCCGUCCACAUGAAAAUGAAUUCUGGAGUAAACUCAAGUUUUUUGUGUCGUAUUGGCGUUUCAUCCACACAGGAACAGCAUUUUGGAUGACAGCAAACGAUACUUGAUAAAAAUGGAUCAGAGAAUGCAUAAAUCCUGAAUAACAAAUAUGAUAACUGAAUAACAAAUCAAAAUCGAAAAUCGAGUUUUCAGAGAAAAAAACUAUUUUAUUUUUUGGCAAAAUCGUGCAGCCCUAGGCGAAGCAGGUUAGAGAUAUUUUCGUUACUAUGACAGUGUGGUCUUGAGAUGUUAGAGCAGAACAGUAGAGUGGACAAGGAAGCAUUCAUUAUACUGGGUAUUUUAAAAAUGUUUUGAAUGCGCUUUGCAUAUUUUCAACUUCAGGUCGUCUUGUCAGUGGGGACUGCAACAAGAACAUCCAUGUCUGGGAGCCAGGAGAGGGCGGGACUUCGUGGCAGAUCGACCAACGACCUUUUAGCUCCCACAGCAAGUCUGUUGAGGAUCUGCAGUGGUCACCCACUGAAGCUACGGUAUGCUCUUAGUAAAAUAAUGACAUCAGUGGUCAGACUGAGGCACUGUUUCAAGUAAACAAGGGCUGCACACGAACUGUUAGCAUGUGUUAGUAAAAUCAAACACACCCACUGUAUGUCCCCUAUCCCACAGAUCAAAACGAUGCAUUAAGAUGGGAUGUUUCAAAUGAAGAGCACAAAAUGCUUCACCAGGAUUAAUAAUGUCAGACUGAGCUUCUUUGCCCACUUGUGCUGCACUGGUGUUUGGAUGGAAGAGGGGGGUGUGUGAGGAGGAAUGAAUGAUCGGAAUGAAUAAAACUAGACUGUGUUAGAACACCAGCUGUUCACACUGCCACUGUCUGCAAUCACAGACUAAAACAUUACAGUUAUAUGAUGUCUUCAUGCUGAAGCUAUUUUCUCACCAAACUAGUUCAUGGUAUGAGGUGCGGAACUCUAAGGCCUGGUUGUUCAUUGUUAACUUUUUCCUCAUAUGAGUGCACAACAUCUGCUUUUUGUUAUGCUCACCUGUGCAACCUAACUGAUGUUUUGUUUUAAUGAGUGCUGCAGUGAUAACCAACAGCAUUAGGCACAGAUUUUAUGUUCAAAGUCUAAAACACUCCUACAAAACACUAAAACAACAUUGCAUUAUAUAAUAUAUAACAUUAUAUAAUAUGGAUCUCAAUUUCUUAUACAGUUCACGCUUGUUUGCUUAAGGUUUUUGCAUCAUGUUCAGUGGAUCAGUCCAUUCGGAUCUGGGAUGUUCGAGCUCCGCCAAACUCAAUGCUUUCAGCCAGUGAGGCCCACUCAUCAGAUGUCAAUGUGAUCAGCUGGAACAGGAGUGAACCAUUUCUCCUGUCAGGAGGGGACGAUGGGCUUCUGAAAGUCUGGGACCUGCGUCAGUUUAAGGUAAGGUCUGAUUAGUCUCUUCAAAGUGGCCUCGCUCUUGAUUAUGUAAUUCAUUCAAAGUAGGUGAUUUGUAUCCGUACAACUCUGACUCAUAGCUUGUAAAUGUCUGACAGAGAGUGAGGAUGUGACUGUUUUGUCAAUAGGUGGCAUCACAAUGUAAUAACCCUCCAUUAAAGCUGCAAGACAAACAGAGCUAAGCCCUUUUUGCAUUACGCCAUCACUUAAUCAAAUACCUCCACAGUAAGGCAGCUCCACCUAUUAACAUUUGUUCUACUUUGUGUGUGUAACACUGUGGUGUGUUGUCACUGCACCCACUUUAGUCUUCAUACAGGAACCUAUUUUAUAUUUAGAUUGAAAACAAGAUACUGAAGCAGGUCACCGUCAAACAGAAACAGAAUUUGCUAAUUAAAGAGUUGACUCAUUUAGGAAAAGAAUAGUUUUGUGUCUUGAAAAAAGCUGCCCCACCUAAAAGUUCUGGUUUCAUCUGUUACUGUAGACCGGGCGGCCUGUGGCAAACUUCAAACAACAUGGUGCUCCCAUCACGUCAGUGGAGUGGAGCCCCGUGGACUCGAGCGUGUUUGCUGCCUCUGGUGCAGAUGAUGUCAUCAGCCAGUGGGAUCUCUCUGUGGAGUCAUGUGAUGCAGGUGCCAGGGUGGAAGGGGUGAAGGACUUACCCCCUCAGCUGCUGUUCCUGCACCAGGGUCAGUCAGAGAUCAAGGAGAUCCACUGGCACCCGCAGAUCCCUGGAGUGAUGAUCUCCACGGCUCUGUCAGGGUUCAAUGUGUUCAGGACGAUAUCUGUGUAG